GUCACAGGGCUUUUUUUUUUUUUUUUUAAAUAUACAUUUAACACGUAGUCUAGUCCACCCACUGCACACACUCAGACUCAGACACACACAUAAACACACACACACACACUCGCACACGCACACACAUUUAACCGACGGCCGGAGCUUCUGAACUAUUGCGCCUUUGCGCCUUUUACGCGCGACAUCUCCUGCGUGCCUGCGCGCGUGAGUGACUGUACGAGUCCGCGGACUGACAGGUUACAGAAUAAUCUGGAAACACUGGAGGAACUGUGAAACUUUUUCUCUUUGUUUGUUUGUUUUUCUUGCGCAUUUUGGGACAGUUCGCAUCUGAGGAUUUCUCUAUCAUUAAAAGCAAGCACAGGAACUUUGUUCUUUUUUUAUUUAGAUAUAGAUGUAUGUGUAUGUAUAGUAACAUAUACACAUAUUUCUUGGUUUAAAAAAAAUCAGGAAAGAAAUUGUAUUUCAAAAAAAAAAAAAAAAAAAAAAACAGGCUUAUUUUGUGCACUUGGACAAUGGAGAGGAUUACCAGCGCGCAACCUCCUCCUCCAUGCCUGGCCAAACAGAACCCACUGGACAUGGCUGGCAUCCCGGGCAUGGAUUUCCCCAUGUACGUCUACAAACCCCGGAGAGGCGCGAAACGAGGCGAGGACAGCAAGGACACGUACAAGCUGCCGCAUCGUCUGAUCGAGAAGAAGCGACGUGACAGAAUAAAUGAAUGCAUCGCACAGCUGAAGGACCUGCUCCCAGAGCACCUGAAACUCUCUACGCUGGGCCACUUGGAGAAGGCCGUGGUGCUGGAACUGACGUUGAAGCACGUGAAGGCUCUGAACAGCCUGCUGGAGCAGCAGCAGCGGCAAAUCAUAUCUCUGCAGAAUGGAAUGCAGAUCGGUGAUCACACCAACGGGGGCGUGGAGAAGAGCGAGGAGAUGUUCCGUUCUGGUUUCCAUUUGUGCGCCAAGGAGGUUUUGCAGUACAUAGCGAGUCAGGAGAACGGGCAGGAUCUGACUCCUACGCACAUCUUAAACCAUCUGCACAAGGUGGCCUCCGAGCUGCCGCAGCGGCCGGUCAGCCCGCGUCAGGAAACGCCUUCCCCUGCCCACAAAGUCCAUGAGAUCCACGAGAAGCCCGUUGUGGCGCCGCCCAGAAUGCCAGAGGGCCACACCAAAAACUGUGUCCCUGUGAUCCAGAGGACUUACCCGCAUAGCAGCGAGCAGAGUGGCAGCGACACGGACACGGACAGCGGCUAUGGUGGCGAGCUGGACAAAGACAAGCGUGACUCUAAGGGCCAGCGGCCGAGCUACUACGGCAAAGAGGGCGCCGAACUGAAAUACGGCAUCAAGGAGGAGUGGGAUGAGCCGCAGGCCAAGCGGCAAAGGUCGGACUCUUCCGAGGACGAGUCUCUGUUGAGUCACAGCGGGUACACGGGCUUCUCCUCUCACCAGCCACCUUUCUGCAUGCCCUUCUACCUCCUUCCUCCAGUGACAGCAGCCACCGCCGCCGCAUACCUCCCUGUUCUGGAGAAGUGCUGGUACCCAGGGGGCAUGCCCAUGCUGUACCCUGGCAUCACAGGUUCCCCAGCGAGCUUGUCCCCUGAGAAGCUCCCCUUGUCGCUUGUCUUGUCGCCCAGAGUCGCGUCCCCUAGCGCCUCUCAUGUUCAUACAGACUCUUCGGCUCUGCACCAGGCCCUCAAACAAGUGCCCCCCUUAAAUCUGGAAACCAAAGACUGAUAACCGCAUGCAGUCCCUCCGAAUGUUAGGAGAGGAGGAUACACUGAUGAAGAUCAGAGUCUUGCUGGCUCCUGCUCUGCUACUGCUGCCCCGCCAUUACCCCUGUUUAUUAUUAUAAUUUUUUAAAAAUCACAACCGUACACACACCAGCCCCGUGGCCAACCCCCUCCAUCAGAGUAGUAGUCAUGCACAUUGGGGAAAGCGUUGGUGUGUAGACAUGGUGCACGCUGGCCACCUCGAGGGAGUGGAUGGAAGACGAGGACUAGGGUGUAGCACUUAGAGUCACUGUGAAGAUGAUGCAGGACACUGAGUCGUCUGGUUUCAGGAAGGAUCGCUCUGCGGGGGACGUCUGCUCUCUCUGCGCUCGUGCUGAAUGUUUCAAUAAACAAAUAAAACUGAAAUCCAGAAUGUGACGUGCAGAUCGCCCCUAACAGAUAAACCAUAAGGACUCUGCCCUUUGCACAUAUCUUUUAAAUUAUGAAUGUAAACCAGAAAACAACAACAACAACAAAAAAAAAACAAUGGCGCUAGCAAAACCCCUGUAGAUGCUGCUUUUUUUUUUCUUUUCUUUUUUUUCUCUUCCUUUAUGGACACUUUAUCUCUCUGUCUCUCUGUGCUGCCGAGCAAGGCUUCACACUGUCAGGACUCUCUGGCUGCUUUAAACAAAGACUCUCCUUUUAGCCUAGAAUGCUACCAAAUACCAGUCUGCUUUAGUUGACCAGAGCUUUGACAGAACGAGACAACAGCGAGGGCCUCAUCCUCAUCUCACCCCAUCGCUAAGUUAAGUCACGGGUUUCCCCUCCAUCGAAUGCACACACAGACACACACACACACAUACAUAUGCAGGUGAGGCUGAUCAGCACUGAUGUGGGUCGUUUGUGUAAAUAAGGGAGUAAAUGUAAUCACAGGUCUUUUUUUUUUUUUUUUUUACUAGAAAGUUUCUGAGUAUAUUUCAUUACUGUUUGUGUGAAUAGAUGGGGUAACUACAUUGUGUAACUCAUGUGUUUAUACAACCUUGUUUGUACAUUUCCCUUCCUUUUUUGAUACAUGAGCCACAGUUUUUGUCUUUUGAUUGAGACGGGGGUCUCGGAGACAUUAUGGCUGUCGAACUGUGGAGGUUGUGUGUCUGCAUCACGCUCUGUGUCCAAUUCUGGUCAGAUUAAAACAGAUCUCAGCUCAUGCUGUUGCCUUUACUUGUUUAAAGCAGUAAAAUAAUGACAGAUAUGUAUUAUUAUUAUUAUUAUUAUUAUUAAUAUUAUGAUUCUUUUGUUUUUUAUUCUGGAUUCUGUGGAGAAGCAGGAAAUGUGAAUGUACAAUGUUUAAACAAUAUACUAGUUUUGUAUAGGAAGAGGUACUUGGGAUUUUUAUUUUGGGACCUAACAGAAGGUUGCUUAAUGUAUAUAUUUUGUCAGGAAAAAAAAUGCUGUUGAUAUACAUUUAAAAGUAUUAAUAAAGUUUUUUUUUCCUGUGGAAA